AUGUAUGGCAUGGAUGCCCAUUGCACGACAGAUUGGUUCCGGCUGAUGACGCUUUCAAGGAUGAUCGUGUCGAGCUACGAGCAAGGACAAAUGGAAACGAAAAUCAUCCCAUAUGCGACGAGAAUUGAAUAUAUCACAGGAUGGAAUAGGAAGUUACAACAAAGUACUUCCGGCAAGACGAGUAGGCUCCUUGAAGAUGCAGGUAGAGAAGUAGAUCGAUCAGACAGACGAAGGGAGGGAACUCGCGCUCAUGCAAAGACGGAAGCAGGAACGGCUUCUCGCGAACGGAUCUGCUCCUCGGGUGACGGUCGACAUACACGAGAGACUGGCUUAGCGAAAGGGCGACGGGGGAUGAAGAGAGAGGUGAGAUCAAAGACGAACGAAUUCCCGGGACCGGAGACCAAAGGUGGAAGACGGAGGAGAGUUGAUAUGAGGAAUUGGGUUGGAACUGUUGACAAGAAUUACGACGACAGUGAAAUGAAUUGCAUGGAAGUUGGGGGAGUAAGACGGAAGCCCGUGAAUGUCUCAAAUGGAGUCUUCUGCACUGACUAUGCGGAGGACCGUGGCGAGCACCUACUCUCGUAUCUCCUCGUUUUCCGUGGAGCUGUAGUUGCCACGAGCCUCGAGUGGGCACCUCUGGAGCCGCCAGAUGGCCAGCUGUGUGGAACUUCCACACACGAUAAGCAAGGCAAGCACCCGUCAGACCGCCGUCGAGGUGGAUGCGGCGGCGUAGCUGGAGUUGCCGGCAACCUCAACCAGUUGGCAAAGUGUACUAUUCACAUGUCACUCACUCGCUUACUGGGAGCCGAGCACCAGAAGAACGAGACAUCAAAGUCGACAUCCUUCGAACAUUCUCGCUUGCAACUCUUUGGUACGGAUCAUCAGGGUCCUUUGCUCUCUACCAUUGCAAUAUGGCAGCACAAUGCCACAACAGCACAAUCGCACAUUUGCACAAUGGUACAAAGGCACAAUGCGUAG